AUGUUGAAGUCAGAACUAGAAGUCAUUCAACUGAAAUUAUUGACAAAAUUGAUAAAUGUAUCAACUACAAAUAAGCAAAUAAAUGAGAUACUAGCCACCUUACUUGAACAACUCAACUAUCAAUUAAAUUUAUAUGACAAAUUAGGUUAUUGUGAUUAUGAUGUUGCAUAUGCAAUAUCAAACUUGGUAAUAAAUUACUUUAGUCAAAUUAAGCAGAAAAUAAAAACUCAAAGUACUGCUUUAUUUUAUGAAUUCCAAAGAGUUGUUGAUCAAAAAGCCGAAUUGGGUCUUAAAUUAAAGCACAUAAAUAAAGGAUUUCAAGAACAAAUAUCGCCACAAGAAUUACAAAAGUUAAAGAAUGUAUUAAUCAUCGAUUAUAGACCUAAAAAUUUGUAUCAAAAGAGUCAUAUAAAAAAUUCAGUCAACUUGGAUCCAGUAAUAGUCAUAGACGUUCAAAAUGAUGAAGAAUUAGAAGAUAAAAUUCAAAAUACAAUAACUUACAAACAAUUUCAAAAAUUUCAAGAAAGACAUAAAUUCGAUAAUGUAGUAAUAUAUGAUCAAGAAUCAGGUGAUGGAAGAUUUAAUGAUAUACCUGGGAAAAAUCCAUUUAAUCGACUAAUAGAUUUAUUAAUGUUUCAAAAUAAAUAUCUUAGUUCACGACUAAAAAAAGUACCAAGUUACUUAACGGGAGGCUUUGAAAGUUGGAAGGCACAAGGAUUGGAGACAAUCACAGGAGCUGAAGAGGAAAAAAUACUAAGAUCAGAUGACAGCUCAUUUACAAAUCUACUCAGCAAUGGCUCAUACCUGAAUGGUAAAAGUCAAAAUGAGAAUCAGUUAAAUCUGCAAGAAUCAUUACAAUUUAGUUACAAUUCUCCAAAGUCAUCACCUCAAAUCUCCCAAGCACCACUUUUACCAACCAAAAUCAACCCCAAACCACGACCUCAUCCUCAACCGCAACCACAAACUCAGCUUACGAAAAUAACUCCUACCACCGUUUCAACAAAUAAAUUUUCAACAAAUUCGGCUCCAAAAACACCUCAAUUUACAACUGGUUUGGUUAACUUGGGAAAUUCAUGUUAUAUGAACUGCAUGAUUCAAUGUUUAGUUUCAACUCCAUUAACUCCAUUUUUUUUCACUCCAUUCAAACAACACAUCAAUUAUGAUAACAUCUUAGGAACAAAAGGACGAUUGACAAUAGGAUUUGCAGACCUUAUCAACAAUAUGUUAAAGAAUAAAAAUGGAAUUUAUAACCCCAAAAAUUUCAGAAAUUUAAUUGGUCAAUUUUCUCAACAAUUUAAUUCUUGUGAUCAACAAGAUUGUAUUGAAUUUGUAAAUUUUUUAUUAGAUGGUAUACAUGAAGAUUUAAAUCAAAUGGCGAAAUUAAAUCCAAAAGAAAAGCAAAAAAUUACAGAAUUAACUCCAGAACAAGAAAAAAGUAGAGAAAUUUUACCAAUUAGACAAGCUUCUACAAUUGAAUGGGAAAGAUAUUUGAAAUUAAAUUUUUCAAUUGUUGUUGAUCAAUUUCAAGGUCAAUAUUCAUCACAAUUAAAAUGUUUAACAUGUCAAUUUACUUCAACUUCAUAUAAUGCCUUUUCCAUACUUUCUGUCCCAGUUCCAAAUAAAGAAAAAGUGACAUUACAAGAUUGUAUAAAUGAAUUUUUAACAACUGAAUUAUUAGAUGAUAAUGAUAAAUGGUUUUGUCCUAAUUGUAAAACUCAUAGAAAAUCAACUAAAAAAAUAGCAAUAACAAGAUUACCUCAAGUAUUAAUUAUAAAUUUUAAAAGAUUUAAAAUGCAACUGACAUCUAUUAAAAAACUUGAAACUUGGGUAACUUAUCCAGUUGAUGAAAUAUUAGAUCUAACAAAAUAUUGGCCAACUGAUGGAAUGAAUGAUUUAGGAUCUUUACCAAUUAGAAAUCAAAUACCACCAUUUGAAUAUAAAUUAUUUGGAGUUGCAAAUCAUUUUGGUAGUUUAACAACUGGUCAUUAUACAUCAUAUGUUAAAAAACAAGAUAAACAAUGGUAUUAUUUUGAUGAUACAAAAGUAUCACGAGUUAAUUCAAAUCAAGUAAUGAAUAAAAAUGCAUAUUGUUUAUUCUUUCAAAGAAUUUAA